UUGUUGCUUGGACGUGGCAGCCAUGACGUGAUUUCUGAGUUUUUGUUAAACAGAUUACACUAUUAAUUGUAGCGAAAACUGUUAAUUAAGGGAAAUACGUGCAUUACUCGUCACCGCCUAUCGAUAUUGCCAGUGCAAAUCCAGAAAUCCAUGUAGAGUUAAUAUAAGACAAAGCAGCAACAAGGCGACGAAGCAGAAAUCACCAAUAUACAGCACACAUGCUCAGAAAAGCAACAAUCAACCCACAACAACACAGAAGUCAACGUCCAAAUUUAGAGCUCAUUUUUCCGUGUGUUGCUUCCUUUAUCGAUUGACCGAUACCCUAACCACCAGCCAAUCGACACCACUCGCAUUUACCAACACUGCUGAGCGAGAGUGCAGAGCGAGUGAGCGCAAAACAGCUGAUUGCGACUGGCACACGCUUGUUGUUGCAGUUGCGCUGUUUUUUUUUUCUGUUUUGUUGGAACUUUUUCGCUGCAGCGAGAAAGAGAGCAGGGAGAGAGCAGCACAAACAACUACGUGUGACGUGGUGUGGGGGCAUACAGGUGGCAAAACAGCUGUUUCAACAGCAAAAGCAAUCUGUUUUUUAGUAGAAUACAUAAUCAAUUUGCCGCCUGCAGUUUUCCAGCUAAAACACACACACACAACAACCAAAAAAUUAACAACUAAAACAACAGCAGGAGAGACGGACUUUCAAAGGCAGCUUCCAGGACGACAAUUUCCACAACGAGUGCUUCCCGUCCUUCCCGUCCACAAACGGUCACCUUCCAAGCAAAAACAGCCCCCUUUCACAAUUUCCAAGCUGGCCCAACAAGCAGCAGACAGCAACCUUCCAACAACCGCCGAUCCCAUUAUCCAUUAUCCGGGAACGAUCGAGGGGCUAUCUAAUUGCUAUCUAAUUGGCGGCUAGCUGCGCGCACGUUAUGACCAAUUCGAUUGCGUCAACGAAAUGCCUGCCCAAUGCACUAUCGACCGGCAAUUAUGGAAUGUCCCAGAGCCACCGUUACACCGACGAUAGCAAGGAGUAUAUCAUCGUCAAGCUCACUGAUUCCGCGUUCCGUGCGAUCGAGGAAUAUCAGCGCGAUGACAACGCCAAACGCCUGCAGCCCGGCCAGCGGGCCAAGAUCCAGUUUGUGGGCAACACGGGCGUCAUCCAGUUCCCGCGACCAGCGACGGAUGCUAAUGGCAUCCCUAAUGCUAAUGGCAAUGGCGGCGACGCGGCCGGAGGAGGAGGAGUCGGUGGUGGUCGCAAAUUCGGCUUCACCAUCAACAAUAUGGAGGGAACGCUGGAGUGCGUUCAGCAGCAGCAACAGAACCUCGGAGUCCUCGGAGCGGUCACCCUGCGAAUGCGGAUCCAUGCCAAUGACGAUGUCUACGAUACGACACGCACAAAAAUGGCCAUUGCCGAGGAGACGGAGAAGAGCAAGUGCAUCAGGGAGAUUAAGCCGAAUCAGUCGGAUAUCGGGCGUAAGGUGAAGAAGCCGCCAUCUGCAGUUCAAGCCUCCGUAUCCGCCUCUACCGCCUCAGCCUUCUCUUCCUCCUCCUCUUCCUCCAACUCUAACUCCGGUUUGACGACGACGGCAUUUCAUCAUCACAGCAACAGCAACAGCAACAACAGUGGGAACAACAACAACAACAGCAGCAGCAGCAAUAGUUUUAAUAGCAACAACCAUAGUCGUAAGUUAGGUUCAUCGCCAUUUAAUGGCCUAGGCGUAGGAUCCAGCAGCUCCUCCAGCGCGUUUGCCUCGCGUUCGCCCAAUCCCAGCACGCUGGGAGCCAGCGGCACAGUCAAUGGCUCCGGCUCUGGCGGUGGUGGUCGCUAUAAUGGAGGCGCCGCCUCCUCGCUUGCUUCCACAUUCGCCAACGGCAUCUCGCAGGGCUACAACAACCUGAGUGGCAGCUCGCCAAGGGAUGCCAUGCCAGCAGCAGCAUCAGGUGCGCCAGCAUCAUCAGCCAUUUCCUCACGCAACAAGAUGCCAAGCGGAGGGCUCACCUCCUCCAACUCCUCCUCGUCCUCCAGGAGUGCCAAUAACAAGUCGUCGGGCGGCAACAAGAUGUCGGAUGUCUCUAGGCGUAACAUACGCGAACGGCUCAUCCACCUCCUGGCCCUGAAGGCUUUCAAGAAACCAGAGCUCUUUGCGCGGCUCAAGAACGAGGGCAUUCGGGAUCGGGAGCGCAAUCAGAUCACCAACAUACUCAUGGACAUCAGCACCAUGUCGCAAAACACGUACAAUCUGCGCCGCCAGAUGUGGAACGAUGUGGACGAGAACUGGCCCUUCUUCAGCGAGCAGGAAGUGCAGCAGCUGAAGCGCCGCAAGCCGCAGAACCUGACGCCGCCGAUGAGCUCGGAUGCGGGCAGCUCGACGUCCGGCCAGAGUCCCACAUCGACGCAUACGGGCAGUCCACCACCACCGUCAAUGAAUGGCGGACCUGGCGGAGUCGGCGGAGGUGGAGCGGGCGGCGGCAGCCUGAAGCGGACAAGCCUCGAGUACGACGAGACUAUGUUCAGCACUGUGCAGCCCAAAAAGCAGCGCAUCAGUCACUACAAGAAGGACACUCCGCCCUCUGGCACAUCGUACUCCUCCGCUGCGGUGUCCAUGUCUCUGGGCUCGUCCGCCUCCAGUCGUAAUCGUUAUACACCGCCGCAACGCCAGCCGGGUCCGCUGGACGAUCACAGCACCAGUGAUCUCAGCUACAAUGUGCUGGACAACAUGGAGGAGUUUAUGAGCUCGACGGCAGCAGCAACGCAGCAAACGAUUGAGCAACAGCAGCAGCAGCAUCAGCAGCAGCAACAGCAGCAACAACAACAGCAUCAUCCAAGGUGCAGCAGCAGUAGCAGUAGUAGGCGAGGCAGCUCUGCGAUGGCGGGCGCCAGCAAUAGUGGUGGCAACAAGGACAAGCGGAACUCCACGGGCAGCAAUUCAAGCAGCUCCAGUGGGUACGAAACGCAGCAGGACCGCCAGCGGACAACGGCGGCCAUGUCGUCGAACCGCAGCAGCAGUAGCAGCAAAUCUUCAUCCGCCUCCUCAUCGACGACGCCGCCCAAGCUGGCGGCCAGUUUUGUGCCUGCUGCAGCGGGCUCUGCAUCCGCUUCCGGUUCCGGUUCCAGCAAGCAGCGUAAUCCGCCCCAGCAGAGCGACUACAACUCGUACAACAGCAAUAACACGAAACAUGCCGCCUCUAACAGCAAGAAAAGGACGAGUAGUAGUGGUCCCAGUGGUGGAGCGAACGGUCAGCGGCAGAGGAGUUCCAGUGCCUCGAACUCUGGCUAUCAGCAAGUGCCGCCGCCCUCAUCCUCAGCCUCCUCCAACUCGCGUUCGUCCCUCCAGCAGCAGCAGCAGCAGCAACAGCAACAACAGCACCAACAAAAGCAGCAGCAACACCAGCAGCAGCAGCAGCAACAGCAGCAGCAGAAUCAUUACCAUCAGCAGGCCAAGCAUCCGUCGCCCACGCAACAGUUGGCGGCUGCUGCCCAUGCCUACGCCCAUGCCACCGCGGAUGCGGACUCAUCCUCCAUGCCCCGCUACGACUUCAGCCAAUAUGUGCCCAUCCAGACGCUGGAGGUGCGGCGGCGCUACAAGACUGAAUUCGAGAGCGACUACGAUGAGUACCGCAAGCUGCUGAUGCGCGUGGAGGAUGUGCGCAACCGCUUCCAGGACUUGUCCGAGCGUCUGGAGAGCGCCAGACGCUGCGACAACGGAUACGGGGACUACGACCACAUAAAGCGGCAGAUUGUGUGCGAGUACGAGCGGAUCAAUAACGAUCGCACCAUUGGAGAGGACAAGCAGCGCUUCGAUUACCUGCACGCCAAGCUGGCGCACAUCAAGCAGCUGGUGAUGGACUACGACAAGACUUUGAUGAGUGCCACGCCGGCGGCGGUCACGGCGGCCACGGAAGUGGUGGCGCCUGCAGCUCCGGAUCCAGCGGUGGCGAUGGCGGAGGCGCGGCCUAGGUUAGCCGAGCAGCAGAGGAGGCAGCACCAUGCUGUGGAGACGAUAGAACAGAAGCAGCAAAGGCAACGCCACCAUCCCCAGCAGCCGCAGCCGCAGCCGCAGCAACAUCAGCAGCACAAUCCACAGCAGCAACAUCAUUUACAGCAGCAACAUCAUAUACAGCAGCAGCAGCAGCAGCAGCUGCAGCAACAGCACCAUGCACAGGAGCAACAUCAGCAGAAUGCAAGCGAUUCGGAUGACAGUUCGGACAGCUCGGACUCCAACGAUGAUGACGACGAGGACUGCGAUGAUUCCAACUCCAAUACCGAUGACGAUGAGGCACGCUAUUGAUCCUGCUGCUGGGACUACUUCGAUGACCAUCCGCUGAUCCCCCAUGUAAAAAGGCAAAAACAAGCAAGAAACUAUUACAAAUACUACAAACUAUUAUAGUAAAAACGCAAAAAAAAAACAUAGCAAACAAACAAAUCAACAAAACAACAAAACCGACAAAAACACCAAGAAAAACGUUCUAAAAGAAAAUUGUACUACAAGCAAAAAAAACCUUCAAAAAAAUGUUGAAAUUAUGUUAACAAAAACUAAACAAAAAAUACAAACUUUCGCGUAAAAUAAUUUUUAUUACAUUAAAAACGAGAAUAGGCGGCGGGCCAGUUCUGCUGCCACCGAUUUCUACACGCAUAUAAUAUAUACAUAUAUACAUAUAUGAACUAUAUAACAUAACAACAAGCCAGAAGAAGACGAGAUGAUGAGGAGGAAACAAAAUCAAUAUUUUUAAAAACAACGGCGAAAGCAAAAAAAAUUAUAUACGAACGAGUUGUAGACUUAAUUUUUUGUUGAGCAUAUUGAGCAGCUUAAAUAAGCGCAGGCAUAAGUAACUAAAUGAAAACAAAAACGAAAACACAUGUUUAUCCUUGCGUUUUGUGUGUAAUAAUUAUUAUUAUUAUUAUAUUAUUAUUAUCAACUUUUAAAUAUAGCGUGUAUGUUUUUCGUUUUUAAUCUAUAGACUCUUCUUAUUUUUAUUCUUGAUUUUUGUUUAACAUUUGUUACAAACGGCAAACACUCACACCUCACCAAGAAAAAAGAUCAACAAAAAGUAUCACACACUCAUACACACACACAUAAACACACACAUAAACACAAACACACACACAGUACACUCAUCGACAAAUUUUUUUGCAUUUUUGGGCAUAGCUUUUGUUUUAGAUUUGUGUAGAGAACGAGAGAGAUUGAGAGAGAUACAGCGAGCGAGUAGGCCAGCACAAAGUGUCCUCGCUGCUGUCGACUGCACGUGCCCAAAGUCCAGGAUCCAGGUUAUAGUGGGAUUUGGGUUUGGGAUCGGGAUCGGGAUCGGAAUCGGGAUCGGGAUCGGGAUCGGGAUUGGGUGCGAGUAGAGUUAACUGAUAUUGAGCCAAUGUUUGCCUAGGCCUACGAUGACCACAAUUGAAUACCGUAACCGACAAACAGACAGAUACACACUGAGAGAAAAAGAGAGCACCACAGAAACAAGCUAGAAAAUCAAUUGCAUAUUGUUGGGAAAGUUGGUAAUACCGAAAUCAGUUUUUAGAUAUAUUCUUUUGGCCAGAAAUUGUUUUUUUUUUGUAUUAUUCCAAGGGUUUUCUAUUUGUAAAUGCUAACAAUUAUUUUUUUUAAGUAAAAAGUAUAACAGAUAAUGUUUUUUUAACUACAAAACCAAUAUAUAGCUUUGGUUUUCAUAAAAAAUGUAAUAUUUUAAGCUGGUCGUAAACGAUGAAGUGGCUGCUUGAGCAAUUUUCAUGGAUAUACAUUCAGAUCGUGCAGUCGCUUCAUCGUUUACAACCAGUUCAAUACCUCGUUGGUCUUAUCAACCCCCAUUAAUAUGCGAUUAUGUGUGUAAAUUAUAUUUCCCUUUGGUGGUGUUGCAUGCGGGCGUGCCUCUAAACAAUAGACUGAACUUUUAAACGGCUUGUGUAGAAAAAAAUUCUUCUGUUUUAUCGAUAACUAGUUAAUUUGUUAUAUAUUUUUGUGUUUAAUUAUACACAGGUUUUUGUUUCGCGUACGUAGCGUUUAUAUUUUUUUUAGCCAACUCCAGCAGUACCAUUACCGUACCGUACUGUACUGUACUAUUCUGUACCGUACCGUGCCGUGCCGUACCGUACCGUACCGUACCUUUCCAAUCUGUAAACUGUGUCAAAACUAAACAAAUAGGGACAUUUUCAGAACUGACCGAAGACAGAGACUUUAUUUAUAUAAUUUGCGGCUUUGGACUAGUUAUUGCUCAAAACUAUGAGAGGACUAAUAGAAAUGAUAUACUUAAUGGUUGUAUCACAGCUAUGGCGACCCCUUAAGUUGUUUGCUUUUAGUUUUAGGACAACUCUAAGCAUGUUACGAAAGCUUCCUUAAGUAAAAUAAUAAUAAUAACAACAAACUUAACAAAAUACAAGCAAAUGUGAAAGGAGAGAUGAUAAAGUCGCUUAAAAAUUAUCAAAUUAUUUGCUGAAACUCUAGUGUCCAAAAUAGGGAGACGAUGGGGAGACGAAACGAAACAAAACCAAAACAAAGAA